UUCGAUCAUAAGCAGCCUUGAUUUUUGGAUCUAGCUAGCUGGUGUUUGCAAUGAAGCGGAGCGAGACGAGUUCGAAGAACAAAAUGGAGAGGAAGACCAUUGAAAAAAAUCGAAGGAUUCGAAUGAAAGCUCUUGGUUUUAAGCUUGUUUCCAUCAUUCCAGAUCGCCAUUUCACCCAACCCAAGGAAUUCUUGUCACAUCUAGAUCAGAUAGAUGAAGCAGCUUCUUACAUCAAGAUCUUGAGAGAGAGAAUACAAGUACUGGAAAGAAGAAAGGCACAGCUCAUAAAUUCCGGCAGCACUGGUGGUGGAUUGAUGUCUCCAAUCCUGACAGUGAAGGAGUUAGGUUUUGGUGUGGAGGUGGUGUUGAUUAGUGGCGUAAACAAGAAUUUCUUGCUAAGUCAAGUGAUUAGUGUAAUCGAACAAGAAGCAGCUCAAGUCCUCACCGUUAACAUCUCUACUGUUGCACAAAACAUUAUCUACACUCUCCAUGCUCAGGUUAAAAUUUCUAGGGUUGGCGUGGACACUUCAAGAAUAAGUGAUAGGAUACGGGAGAUCAUUUCCUCAAGCUUAUAAAAUUUCUUCUUGGAAAGGAAAUUAGACCAUUAAUAUUUAAGUGACAGGUUGGAUGCAGGAGUUCAUUUUCUCAAGCUUAAUUUCUCUUCAGAAUUUGUUUAUUGUAAGCACCCUCUAAUUUCAAUCUUUAUACACGAGUAUCUAAAUAUUAA